CGGCAGGCUGCCCAGUGGGCUGGAGAGGCUGCCCAGUGGGCUGGAGAGGCUCACCCGGAGAACGAGGGCGGCCUCUCACCUACGGGCCCGACGGACUCGCGCGCAGUUCCUGAGCUGGUGCCAGGCCGGUGACACCGUCUUCCUGAGCCCCCAGCAUGUGGGCAGGCCUGAGCCCCGCCAGCACCCUGGCCCUGGUGUGGACAGUGGCAUGGGCCACGGAGCUCAAGCCCACAGCACCACCCAUCUUCACAGGCCGGCCCUUUGUGGUGGCUUGGGAUGUACCCACACAAGACUGCGGUCCACGCCUCAAGGUGCCACUGGACCGAGAGGAGAAAGCCUUCGAUGUGAAGGCCUCGCCUAAUGAGGGUUUCGUGAACCAGAACAUCACCAUUUUCUACCGGGACCGGCUAGGUCUGUAUCCACACUUCGAUUCCGCGGGGAAGCCUGUGCAUGGUGGCGUGCCACAGAACGUCAGCUUGUGCGCACACCGGAAGAUGAUGCAGGACCACGUGGAGCACUACAUUCGUAGACAGGAGCCUGCAGGGCUGGCAGUCAUUGACUGGGAGGACUGGCGGCCUGUGUGGGUGCGCAACUGGCAGGACAAGGAUGUGUACCGCCAGUCAUCACGCCAGAUGGUGGCCAGCCUCCACCCCGACUGGCCACCAGACCACAUCAUCAAGCAGGCGCAGUACGAGUUUGAGUUCGCUGCCCGGAAGUUCAUGCUGGACACCCUGCACUUUGUCAAGGCAGUUCGGCCUCAGCACCUCUGGGGCUUCUACCUCUUCCCCGACUGUUACAACCACGACUACGUGCAGAACCGGGACACCUAUACAGGCCGCUGCCCGGAUGUGGAGGUCUCCCGAAAUGACCAGCUGGCCUGGCUGUGGGCUGAGAGCACGGCCCUCUUCCCCUCUGUCUACCUGGAUGAGAUUCUCGCUUCCACUGCCCAUGGCCGCAACUUUGUCAGCUUCCGUGUUCAGGAGGCCCUGCGCGUGGCUCGCACCCACCACGCCAGUCACGCCCUUCCAGUCUACGUCUUCACGCGGCCCACCUACAGCCGCACGCUCACAGGCCUGAGCGAGAUGGAUCUCGUCUCCACCAUUGGCGAGAGCGCCGCCCUGGGCGCAGCCGGUGUCAUCCUCUGGGGCGAUGCGGGGUUCACCACCAGCACGGAGACCUGCAAGUACCUCAAGGAUUACCUGACGCGGCUGCUGAUCCCUUACGUAGUCAACGUGUCCUGGGCUGCCCAGUAUUGCAGCUGGGCCCAGUGCCACGGCCACGGGCGCUGCGUGCGCCGAGACCCCAGCACCAGUACAUUUCUGCACCUCAGUGCCAGCAGCUUCCGCCUAGUGCCUAGCCACGCGCCUGGUGAGCCCCCGCUGCGACCAGAGGGGGAGCUCAGCUGGGCUGACCGCGACCACCUGCAGAAGCACUUUCAGUGCCAGUGCUACUUAGGCUGGGGCGGCAAGCAGUGCCAGUGGGACCACAGGCAGGCAGCUGGUGGUGCCGGUGGGGCCUGGCCCAGGUCCCGCCUCACUGGCCUGCUGGCUCUGGCCACCAUAGCCCUCACCUGGACUUCGUAGGCAUCUCUCACCUGGCUUCCAGGCAAGCUGGCCUCUGCCACCAGGGCUCUGCCAGGCACAUGGGAGCCUGCAAGGGGUGGACAAAUGAGUCCAGAGGGGGCAGAGCCCCUGGGAUGCCCACCAGGGUGUCCAUACCAGCUCUCACCCCCCUGUUCUAAGGGGGAGGGGCAGUCCCCUGAGAAGCCCCUCCUCUCCCUGCCAGAGAGGAAGGGGGCAUGGCCAGGGAGGACCUGACCCUACUCCCUUGCCCCCAGGAUAGUUUAUUAUUAUUAUUAUUAUUAUUAUUAUUUUGGGGUCUCUUUUGUAAAUUAAAUAUAAAACAACAACUACGGUGCUUGGACUGUCUGCACUUGGGCCAGGGCAUGAGAGAGUGAUCCCAGAGUCUUACAUGAAGUUCGAGCCCAGCUCUUGUCACUGUGCAACUGUCUGCUAGGGACUACUCAUCUGUAACUGUGUUCACGGGGACCCAGGGGCCCAGAGCUACCUGCUCUGCAGCUGGCCUGCCAGAGCAGCAGCUGCUGGGAGCGGAGGAACACACGCCACUCCGACGCCAAGGACCUUGCGUUCUCCAUGUCGAUUGGAAUGCAGUUGAGCCCGACCUCCAUGAGGGAGGGGCUCACCGAGCUGCCCCUGCCGGCCUCUGGAUUCCCCGCUGGGCCGGGGCCAGCCGCCUCGCUUUGCCCACCCAGGGAGAAAGGGGAAAGUGGGUGUUUGAUCUUCCCCGGCCUGGCAAGCAGCCAGACCGCCUCUCCCUGCUGUCCUCAGGCCAGGGCAUCUCCUCCACGCCCAGCUCCCGAGGACGGUGGAGUCCAGCCACACGCACCUCUGCCCCCCGGAUCACAGUCCUCCAUGGGGUAUGGGGGGGUGGCCAGCAGGGGAUUGGGGUCUGAGUGCUGAGAUU